AUGCGGGUAACAGUGGAUGUGCAGGACAGUGGCUGUGACGCAACUGUGUGUGCGAGCGAGAGGAAGGGCGCAGAGGACACCAUGACUCUCAUGGGGGCACUGACUGAGUGGCUGGUGGGAGCCCAGUGGGCGACCCGGAGUACCAGGAGUCUGGCGUGGGUGGGCUUGGGGCUGGGGGCGGAGCUCCAGACCCAGCGGUUGGGGGAUAGGAGAUUGCUGUGGUCGAGGAGGACCCUGGCCCCAGCUCCUCUCUGUCUGUCCCCCAGGCUCGGCCGCCCAGCGGGCUCAGGCCCAGAGCCCAGAGCAACCAGCACAAUAGCGUCCAACAGCUGGAACGCCAGCAGCAGCCCCGGGGAGGCCCGGGAGGAUGGGCCCGAGGGCCUGGACAAGGGGCUGGACAAUGAUGCGGAGGGCGUGUGGAGCCCGGACAUCGAGCAGAGCUUCCAGGAGGCCCUGGCCAUCUACCCGCCCUGCGGCCGGCGCAAGAUCAUCCUGUCCGACGAGGGCAAGAUGUACGGCCGAAAUGAGUUGAUUGCACGCUAUAUUAAACUGAGGACGGGGAAGACUCGGACGAGAAAACAGGUGUCCAGCCACAUACAGGUUCUAGCUCGGAAGAAGGUGCGGGAGUACCAGGUUGGCAUCAAGGCCAUGAACCUGAGCCCCCCUCUCCUGGGACAGCAGCCUGGACCCUCUCAGGACAUCAAGCCUUUUGCACAGCCAGCCUACCCCAUCCAGCCGCCCCUGCCGCCGACGCUCAGCAGUUAUGAGCCCCUGGCCCCGCUCCCCUCAGCUGCUGCCUCUGUGCCUGUGUGGCAGGACCGUACCAUUGCCUCGUCCCGGCUGCGGCUCCUUGAGUAUUCAGCCUUCAUGGAGGUGCAGCGAGACCCUGACACGUACAGCAAACACCUGUUUGUGCACAUCGGCCAGACGAACCCCGCCUUCUCAGACCCACCCUUGGAGGCAGUAGACGUGCGCCAGAUCUAUGACAAAUUCCCCGAGAAAAAGGGGGGACUGAAGGAGCUCUAUGAGAAGGGGCCCCCUAAUGCCUUCUUCCUUGUCAAGUUCUGGGCCGACCUCAACAGCACCAUCCAGGAGGGCCCGGGAGCCUUCUAUGGGGUCAGCUCUCAGUACAGCUCUGCUGAUAGUAUGACCAUCAGCGUCUCCACCAAGGUGUGCUCCUUUGGCAAACAGGUGGUAGAGAAGGUGGAGACUGAGUACGCCAGGCUGGAGAACGGGCGCUUUGUGUACCGUAUCCACCGCUCGCCCAUGUGCGAGUACAUGAUCAACUUCAUUCACAAGCUGAAGCACCUGCCUGAGAAGUACAUGAUGAACAGCGUGCUGGAGAACUUCACCAUCCUGCAGGUGGUCACGAGCCGGGACUCCCAGGAGACCCUGCUUGUCAUUGCUUUUGUCUUCGAAGUCUCCACCAGCGAGCACGGGGCCCAGCACCACGUCUACAAGCUCGUCAAAGACUAGGGUGCUCUCUGCGCCUCCAUAAGGAUGCAGGGUGAGCAUCUCCUCUCCACACCUGCCUGGCACCCCUGUGGGGGUCCAGGAUUGAGGAUUCAUCUACCUGCCAGGCCUCAGGCCCAGGACCAGGAGGCCUCCCCACCUACCCCAGCACAUACACUCCCUGCCACUGUUCUGCGCUUUAAUUGUGGGAGAAGAGAGGAGAGGAGGGCUCAGCGGUGGGGCAGCCUGUCUGGGGCGCUGGCCCACCAUCACCCCGCUCUGCCAAGCCUCGCGUGACCUCAGAGAGGUGGGGAUAGGGGACACUUUCAGCCUCCGGCAUGUGUGGCCACUGCCCCCUCACCCCCCGCUGGGGAAGCGUGAUGGGCAGGUGAGGGCAGGAUGGAGACCAAGGGAGUCAGUGAGUGGAGGCCCUGGGAAAGGAGAGUGUCCGGUCAGGGUUGGGCUGAGGACAGAGGGGACCAUACAUCUUUGCCCCUCUGUGUCCCAGGCCUGGUGCCCAGACUCCUUGCAUGGCUUAUGCAGUCCUCAGACUCUGCACAGCGAGUGUGGGUCUCUGGGUUUCAGAUGAAGUGCCCAGGCUCCAGGAAGUUGAGGGACCCACAGGAGAGGUGGGCAGAGCUGGAGUUCUCAUCCAGGGCUGCUUGUCCCCAGAGCCCAGGUUUACACUACCUCCCUGGGGUGGGGGCUGGCCGCAGGGUAGGGGAGAGGCUCUGCAGUGUGAGGGGUGGAGCCUCAUUGAGGGCAGCUGGGUUAGGGGAGCACCUGUUUCAGAUUGGGCAUGAAGAGGGGAGCACAGUAGCUACUAGACCCCAUUGGCACCCCACAAGCCAGCCAGGGGCCCCAGGAAGAUGGGGUACCCCCCAGCACCCUCCAGAUUGAGGGCAAGGUAGAGGAAGGAGUCCCAGCCUCUGGGCAGACCAGAGGCCCAGAGAGAGGGGCUAGCAGAAGGCUUUUGGGUUUUCUCUUGCCUGAGGCUUGGAUCUGACAAACGCUUUGUGGGCACUGCUCCCUUAGAUUCUUCCCCACCUCAGUCUACCUGCCUAGAGUAGCAGCGCCCAGACCCAGUUCUGGGACUGAAGGUUAACCCUUCACCUGCUGCCCCUUCUCAACACCCAGGCCCCCAGAGCCAGCCGGGCCUGUCCAGCAGCCACCUGUGGGUAUUUAUGAGUUUCAUAUGAAGUACUGUGCCCCUUCCCUUCCUUAUCCCGACCCUGCCCGAGCUUCCUGAAGGUCCUCACCGUUUGCAUAUCGCUCAGGCCACCUCCAAACCCCACCUAGGUUUUAUAAUGUAUAUUAUAUAUAUUUUUUGUGUAUUUUUAAAAUCCAGCUGUGAUGGGUUGUAUCAUAAAUGCAGCUUGGGGUUGGGGCAGGGGCCAUCAAGGCCCAGCUCCUGCUCAAAAAAAAAAAAAAAAAAAAAUUAAAAGUUAUUUGUUUGUGGGUCACUCAAGUAA